GGAUCAUUUACUAAUUCAAACGUCAGUCACCAUGUUCCAUUCCAUAAACAGACAUACACACACACACACACACACAUGCACACACGUGCACUGCACGGCCACACACAUGACGCAGCAAGAGGUACAAAUGUUGAUAUAUGAUUAGAUAUGGGCACCACAUCACAUACAUGUAUCACACACACAUGUAGACAGGCGGGACAUGCAUACGAAACGAAUCCACCCUCCCCUCCCCCUUGUCCACUACCAACAUACAAAUUAGCCUUUUCUUGUAGAGAGCGAGUAGAGAGAGAGUGAGUAGACAAACAGUGUUCGGAUCGGAUCUGCAUAUACAUGUAGACAGACAGUGACCUGUGUAGGUUAGGUUGCACAAAAGCAGCUUUGGCUUAGAUACACCCUUAACCCCCGUGCAUCGCAUCACAGCCUUACCUGAGCACAGAAAGAGGGAGACACUCACACAUACAGACAUACAUACAUCCAUAGAGAAAUACACACAUACGCGGCAGUCCCAUGCAUGGUAUGCAGCACAGCACGUACUGAUCGACAACACCACCAAAAAAGACUUCUCACUAGCUCACUAGACAAAUACGGAACAGACACGCACCAAUACACACAUACACAUGGAGCCAGCAGACAAUUAGCGAAAAAUGCCUGGCACACAAAUACAUACAGAGUGCAGAUAGAUAUAGACAGACUGACUAUUGAAGCAAUCAUAUCAUCAAUCAAAAGGAUGGCAGGCAAUUGCAUUGCACACACACCGACGAGCAAAAGCCACACAAAUCACACAAAUCACACAAAUCCAUUGAUUCCAUCCAUCCAUCCACAGGAAGUGAAGCGACAUACAUUCACACAUACACUUCCAUCCAUCUACUCAAUCAAGCACCGCCCCUCACACACAUACAAUACAGGCAUAGCAUACACGCUUACGCAUCCACAUACAGACGACACGACCUGCAUCCCCCCCCGGGCCCUCAGAAAAGACCUACCCUACCCACCGCCCUGCACCCCACCUCUCUCUCCCUCUUUCAUUAUUUCUCCCUCUCACUCUUCCGCUCUCCCGUGCUGCGGUGCUUCUUGCCCCUCGUGAGCGCCCGCACCACCGCCUUGAGCCCCUCACUGUUCAGUCCAGCAGGCGUCAUCGGGUGCACUUCACCGCCGCCAUCUCCAUCUCCAUGCCCCUGCCUAUCCCUCUCCCCAGGCACACCAUCGACAGGGGCAGCUUGCUCGUCGUCAGGGUUGGGGCUAGGCUUGGGGGGAUCCACCUUGAUGGGCGUGGGGUCGUGUUGCUCCACCUGCUCUUCUUCCUCCGUGCUCGGCUGCUCCAGUCUGCCCGGGUUGGUCUUGGAGCGAUACUGCUGCCUCGUGUAUGGCGACACGGGGAGGUCGGUGGAGGGAGAGGUGGCCGCACCGUUGGCCUGCGGGCGGCUCCUCUCAGGCGGCCGUGAUUUGGACCUCGAUGCCAGCCACACUGCCAGCGGGUUUGGGGUGGACACCGGCGUGGACGACAUGGACCAGGGCCGCCAGGCUCGCGACGAACCGGUGGGCGGUGCGGCCUUGGUCGCCUCUGGUGUGUGUGCGUCCUCCUGUUCCUUGACGACCGCGACGCUUCUCCUGUGCGUGUCCAUGCUGAUGAUGGCCGGAACGGGGCUGGCGUCGCCUGUCUCCCCGCUGGACGGAGUUGUCGUCAUGAGCGACAUCGACGGGCCGAGGGAUGUCUGCGUCCGGUCACCGGCGCUCGGGGGCGCUUCGGGCUCCUCCUCUGUCGCCCUUCCUGUCUCGUCAGCACUACCAGUGGACCGGUGGGAUGGAGGGACGCCGGCCUCCUCAGGGGCAGGAGGGGGAUGGGCACAUCGCGGCGGCCUCUUGCUGGUCGCCACCCUCCUCCCCUCGCCGUGGUUGUCGGUGUGCCGGGUCCUGCCUGGGCCUGGUUGCCUGCCGAUGGGCGAGAUGAGGGCCUUCAUGGGCGAGGUGCCGUGUUUGUUGCGGAGAUGGUGGGGCACCGGCCCCCAGCAGAGGAAGGGGCCGCCCUCCUUCCACACAUAGUAGGACCGCAGCAGCCACAGCAGAAGCAGCAGGAACAGGGCCGCCCCGAUGGCACCCACCAGCACGGGAAGCACGACGUGGUGCGUCUUGGAAUUCUCGCGGAACACAGCUGCGAGCGACACGGCACAGAGACAAAGUGAGCCGGCUCAGCCAGCCGACGGGAAUGUGGCUGGCACGUGUUGGUUGGCACCGCACCUGGGAGUUUGUCAUUGGGCAGCGGCCAGCCACAAGCGAUCUUUCUGGAGGCCAUGAUGGGUCGUCUGUCCCGAGUGUGGGUGAUGCCGAUGCCGUGGUGGGUCGUCCUGUUGUACUCGUCGUCAGCCAACUGGUGCGUGCUCCACCCCUUGAGCGAGCAUGUCGUCGUGCGCAUGUCAUAGACCACUCCCCCACACCGCCCGUCGCCCGUGCACCACUGCUGGCACUCCUUGAAUGUCUCGGCGCUCUCAGACCACAGGGCGCCGCCGCGCGACAGAGACGAGUGAUCCUUCUCGUCGGCGAAACACCAGUGCACUGCACAUAAACAGAGAGACCGACAGGCGGGGAUUUUUCUGUUUGUUUCUGCACGGGUUUCCCUUUGUCUGUCGGCUCUUCUCCUCUCACCGCAAUAUCUUGGCCCGGCUGUGCUGUUGUGGUGCUGCUGCGUCUUGUCGGCUUGUAUGUGCGAGAACACCCGACAGGUGUGUGGCUCUGUGAACGAGAAGUGCCUGCAUCGUGGGUGCGCCUGGCAGGUCCGCUGGCAGUCCUUUGCCGACGAUAUGGGGAAGGACGGGUAGCCCAGGUCGCCCAGCACGGGAUUCCUUAUCGGCACCGUCAGCUCGCCGCCAGCCGAUGGCUGGUACCGCGUCGCCUUCUCAUAGCAAAAGUCUCUGCCUGAAAAACACAGAUAAGCGCUCCCCCAGUGAGAGAAUAACCACCAUCGCGCAGCGUCAUUCUGACCAUAAGGGUCCGGUAGUGUGGUCAUAUCCGAGUGCCUCAGGGCGAUCGUCAGCCGUCCGCCCUCCUGCCGGACGGUGCUCUUGCUGAAGUCGCUCCGGCUCAGUAGGAAGGAGGAUUCCACCAGCACCCAGUCGCCCCCCUUCCAGGCCUCAAGCACCUUGCCGUCCUUGGAGAAAUGCUCCUCAUACGCGGGGGUGAAGGCUCUCGUCUGCAGGUCGUAGUCCCACACGCGCACCCAGUCAAACUCCGCCCUGGCCGGGAGGGCACAUGAUUUGUCGUCGAAUGCGCCGCCCCAGUCCUCGAUAUAGGGGUGCACCACCCACACCGACUGGUGCAGCUCCAUCGGCCGGGAGGGGACGCUCACGUCGUCGUCGCCGUCUGAUACAUACCUGAUUUCAGUGCCGUCGACGAGCCACCUGACGUACUCUGGCGUCCACUCAAUGGCGAAGGUGUGGAGCCUCUCGGCGAAGGACAUGCCAUCGGGGCUGUGGUGUAGCUGCUGUGAGAGUGUGCGGUUGCCGUCGACCCCUCCGAUAAUAUUGGUCUGGAGCGUGGCUGCGUCGUCCUUGCCGAACACCUCCACGUCGAUCUCCUGCCACCCGUUGCUGUCAUCCUCGCUCUUGGGGUUGUACAGAAAGAACGACACCUGACAGACAAGCAGAAGGGACAGGGAUACGCACACACAUGCCGUACGUCUGUCUGCCUGUCUGUCUGUCUUUGAGUGUCCGCUCUUGUAGGUCUUACGAGCACGCCGCUGCAGUUGAUGGCCUGAAGGCGCGACUCGAACCGGCCGUAGAGGUAGACGUCCUUGGAGAUGGCCCCUCCGCCCUGCAGCAGCUUCUGGCAGCUCCCCCACCGGGCGUCGAAGGCCAGCCCGCCGUCCUCGCCAUCAGAGGGGCACUGGGACACGACGACCGUCACAAACAAGAAGGAGAGCCAACUAGAGGAACAAGGAAGCAGCCGGCGCAUAAUCCAGUGGGGUGUGUG